CGGGCCUAUUUUAUUUAUCUAUCUAAGCUUUCCACGCAGACAGAAAACAUUGUGCACCGUCCGAGAGUCCCAUACCGAUUCCUCUUUUCUCGUCAACGAUACUACUGACCAAACCAUGCCAACAUGGUGCUCCCUACGCACUCCAAGCCCACGGCACCCGUGCUCUCCCACUUCCACCUCGGCGGCAAAACCGCCCUCGUCACCGGCGGCUGCCGGGGCAUCGGCCUCGAAGCGGCGCGGGGUCUAGCCGAAGCGGGGGCCAAAGUAGCCAUCACCUACAGCACCACCGACCCGGCCGAAGCCGACAGAAUCGCCGCCUCCCUCUCGAUGUCGAUCUCGGCCUCGGCCUCGGCCUCGGGUACCGGGAUGGCCGCCGUCGUCCGGGCGUACCAAUGCGACGUCACGUCACGGGCCGACGUCGAGGCCACGAUGGAGAAAGCGGCGCGCGAGCUGGGCGGCGGCCGGCUCGACAUUUGCGUCGCCAACGCCGGGAUCGCGGCCCACAUCCCGGCGCUGGAGUACGACGAGGAGGCGUGGCGCCAGAUGCUCGAUGUGAAUUUUCACGGGGCGUUCUGGACGGCGCAGGCCGCGGCGCGGAUUUUCGAGCGGCAGGAGAGAGAGGAUGGGGGGAGCGGCGGUCGCGCGUCUAUCAUUUUCACGUCGAGCGUCUCGGGGAUCCUCGUCAAUGUGCCGCAGAAGCAGGCUGCUUACAACGCCAGCAAGGCGGCUGUCACGCACUUGGCCAAGUCUCUGGCGGUUGAGUGGGUCGAUUUUGCGAGGGUGAACUGUAUUUCUCCCGGGUUCAUCUCCACUGACAGUGAGUAAAAGUCGGCUGGGCUGUCCCUGACUCCCUGUCCCCGACUCCCUGUCCCCGACUCCCUGUCCCGACUCCCCAUUCCCUCAUGAAGGGUUCGCAGGAACUUAUUCCCAAGACCAGCUCCCUGAGACCGUCUGGCGACUAAAAGGAUUUAUAAUUAGUGAUUUCUACGCUCCCCAGCGAAUGGAGGACGAAAUGGCAUGAUAUGGUCCCGGCGGCACGCUUCUGUGAUCCGGCCGAGUUGAAGGGCGCCUAUGUCUUUUUGGCCAGCGAGGCCUCCAGAGCGUAAUCGUCGUUAUCAGGCGCCGAUCUGGUGAUUGACGGAGGAUAUACUCUUCCCUGAGUUGGGGGGAUCGUGGUUGCG